UGUUUAGAGAUGCUAGUGCAAUUGGUUGAAUUGAAUUGAACACUGAUUGAGCACGAGCACGAAUACAGCGAUUUUUUCAACAAAAUGUAUCCUUUCCUGUGACAAGAGACUGGAUAUGUAGUGGAAUAGCUGAUUUAAUUCAACACCAUUGUCAUUUGGAAUUUUUUGGGCGUAUGAAAUCCAGGAUGAGUCAAUUCACUGAGAUUCGCAACAAAUUGGCGUUUAACAUCAAACACGGCAACAUUCAGGGCUCUCUGGAAGUUGCGAAAGCCACCGCCAAUUUUGUCGACCUCAUAGCGUCCAGUGAUGGAUGGACCGUGGCUUCUGAUCUUUUAAAGAUUGUAAACGACGAAGGAAAGAAGCUAACAACAGCCCUGCCCUUGCACGCAACCGUCGCCAAUGUGCUCCUCCAGCUCAUGCACAUAAUCAGGGCCGAAUAUUAUUAUGCGGUCAACCAGUCGACUCAAGCGGUGCAGAGAUUCGUGGAGAGCUGCAUGAAUUGUGAGGAAAUUCAGGAGAAGAAAUUCUCAGCCCAAUGCCCAGGCUUGAAGGAUGCCAUUUUGGACCACAUUGCGGAGUAUAAAACAGAACUGGAUCUAUCUGUUGACAACAUAACUGAGCAGGCAGCCGAGCAGAUUCAACCAGGAGAAGUCAUAAUGACGAUCGGGAGGUCGUCUAUUGUUGCAGCAUUCUUGCAAGCAAAAAAAGCCUCAGAACAUUUUUCAGACUUCCAGGUUGUUGUUGCUGAAGGUGCCCCUCAGUGCGAGGGGGUCAAGAUGGCAGAGCUUUUGGCAAAGAGCAAAAUACAAACCACGCUUAUAUCAGACACAAAUAUUUACUCGUUCAUGUCAAGAGUGACCAAAGUCAUCUUGGGAACCAACUUGGUUCUCCGGAGUGGUGGCCUAAGAGCCUUGCCAGGAGCUCACAUGGUUGGGCUUGUGGCCCACGAGCACAAAGUGCCUGUGAUUGUCGUCGCGCCAACUUACAAGUUCAGCAGCAUGCUAAGCGAAAGUCACCGAUCUGACAACGAGACUUUCAAUUUGCUCGCCAACCCUCAAGGCGUGGCCAAGUUCAAAGACGGUAUAAUUGCAUCAAAUGUUAAAGUGCUAAAUCCAAUGUAUGAUUUCGUCCCGCCUGAUUAUGUCAGCCAAGUGGUCUCUAAUAUUGGGACCUAUGGAGUUUCGCACAUGUUCACAGCUAUUAAUGAAUUGUAUGGUGCUGUUGAAGAGAGUGCCAAAGACUUAAAAAUGGCUGUAGUCUGAUGUGUUGUUUGCUGACAAUGAGUUUGAACAGGUUAAAUGACUAAGCUAUAUUCAAAUGCGGGGAAAUGUUCAAACUGACAGUGAGAUCUAAUAAAUCCUGCAAGCUUUUGAUAUGGAUGUUAUACACAUUUUACUAAAUUAAAUUUGAACUCGCAUUUUAUUGCAAAUCUGAAAUUUAUUUCACUAAUUCAAUUACUUAUUGAACCCUGCAAGAAAUACACUAGGCAAUUUUGUUAAAAUUUGGAGAAACCGCUUGAUUUUUUAAAUUGCUAUCAACAAAGUUUAGUUCUACUUUGUGAUGAUGACAUUCACUAUGUUGCUUAGUAAUAACUCACACUUAAAUGCAUCUUUAAUUAUUCUGAAUUGACACUUACCUAGUUAAUCCUCUGGUUAUAGAUGUAGACUAGAGGGAUAUUAUAUGAUUGAGGACUGGUUUUGUCAUAAUUUGGUUUCAUGAAAUAAAUGUGUUGAUUUCUGAAUAA